AAAGCGGCUACACGCUGAUAAUACUUAUGCGUGCGUCUGUUAGUCAACUUAAAAAAUAAUCACAGACGAUCGUUGAACGCAGUCGCGGGCAGCACGUCGGUAACGCGGUGGCUCCGGAGCAGACUGACAGGGAGGAGCUCCAGUCACAACAGCGGGGCAGACCCUCCCAGCGCCGCGGAAGGAAGCGGAAAUAAACGUCGCAAACCGUAUGCUAGUAGCUCCGGACUCCUCGGACGGGGUGUAAGCGACAUCACACACACACACACACACACACACACACACACACACACACACACACAUCGACCGUUGCCUCCGAAGAGGAAGCAGGGAGUGGGCGAUCACACGGUCCGGGCUUUCGCUUGUUACGGUGGCAAGCGUCAACACGGAACAUCUCGAGUGGUACCUCACGGUGACCUUUAUGUGAGGUCCAAGCCCGACAGGAGCGGUGUCACAGACGGGAGGAGAGACUCGGAGGACAACAUCUGGCCACAGAAGCCGGGAGAUACGCGUUUUUAUUUUUUAUUCAGGGCCCCUGAAACGCGACCAUCAGCCGAGCGGGUUUUCCAGCAGCAAACUGCGACCAUGGAGGCCAUCGCCAAAUACGAUUUCAAAGCUACUGCUGACGAUGAGCUUAGUUUCAAGCGUGGGGAAGUUCUCAAGGUAUUAAAUGAAGAGUGUGAUCAGAACUGGUACAAGGCAGAGCUAAAUGGAAAAGAUGGCUUCAUUCCCAAGAACUACAUAGAGAUGAAAGCUCAUCCGUGGUUCUUCGGGAAGAUCCCGCGGGCCAAAGCCGAGGAGAUGCUCAACAAACAGAGGCACGACGGAGCCUUCCUCAUCCGGGAGAGCGAGAGUGCUCCGGGAGACUUCUCCCUCUCUGUGAAGUUUGGAAAUGACGUCCAGCACUUCAAGGUUCUUCGCGAUGGGGCUGGAAAGUAUUUCCUGUGGGUGGUGAAGUUUAACUCCCUCAACGAGCUGGUGGACUACCACCGCUCCACCUCGGUCUCUCGCAACCAACAGAUCUUCCUGCGAGACAUAGAGCAGGUCCCACAGCAUCCCACGUACGUGCAGGCGCUCUUUGACUUCGACCCCCAGGAGGAAGGGGAGCUGGGCUUCCGGCGCGGGGACUUCAUCCAGGUCCUGGACAACUCCGACCCCAACUGGUGGAAAGGGGGCUGCCACGGCCAGACGGGCAUGUUCCCCCGCAACUACGUCACGCCUGUCAAUCGGAACAUGUAAACAGUCAAACCAUGUAGACGACGACAACAACAACAACACCCACAGCAACCACCAUCGUUCUUGAUCCCAACCCAUGCAACCCCCCCCCCCUCCAUCCAACUCCCAACCCCCCCCUCCACCCCACCAUAACAGGAGUAGCUGAAAGAGAGAGAGAGAAGUAAAAGAGGAGUAGUGCUGCCGUGGGCGUCGCCUUGUGGGCGGCAGCUGAGCAAAAAAAUCAACUUUAACUCGCGCUGAGCGUUCGCCCGCCAAGCGAGCGCCUCGGCGGAGGAGUGAGCGUCCUGAAGAGUAGUGAAGACAACCAAAUGAUUCUCCCGCCGCUGCGUCGGUCUUCUCCUUAACUUCUUAACAUUCUGCCCUUCUUUUGUGGGGGUUUUUUCUUUCUUUUUGUUUCUUCUUUUUUUGUUCCUUUGCUGCCGCAUGUUGUUUUAAUCACCUAAAUGAAAUGCCUACCGAUAAAAUCCCUAACUCUGUUUUAAAGAAAAAAUGUUGAAAAAAAAGAAUAAUAAAAAAAGAAGGAGAAGAAGAAAUGGUUUUAAAAAUGUAAAAAAAAAGAGGAAAAAAAAAAAGAUGCAAUCUACAGUACUGCAAGUUUCCAUGUCUAAGAUCGUUGGCACGAGAGCAUUGUACAUCAGCCUUCGGCUGUAUAAAUAAAUCAACUAUAGAGAGAAUCCAUUUUUUAAGAAUAUAUAUUAUAUAUUUGUAUGUGUUUGUCUGUUUUACCUCUCAUCACAAAUUGUAUUUUUUUUUUCCCUUCCCAUUUGUAAAUUAUGUUGCAUCUUGUGUUCGUCCGGAUGAGACUCGGGAUGAGCGGACUCGUCCUUCCGGAUCUAUCCGAGGGCUCUCGGAUAACGCAGAGUGAUAUUUGAGGGUCACGGAGUGCGCGCGGAGAGAGUGAAGUUUAGUUCUCCGGUCGGGGAGCUCACGUCGACCCGCGAGUAUCGAGCCGCCGUGUUGCAAAGUGGUCGGCCACCUUUUCUUUUUUUUUUUUUUCUUUUUUUCUUCCCAAAGCCAAUGUAUUUAUUGUAGCCAUGUUUCCUCGGGCGGCGAACGUAGCCGACUCGAGUCCACAGACAUUAAGAGGGAGCGAGGUCGGAGAGCUGAGCCACACCAACCGUGCAAAGGGAUUCAAACGGCGCCAAGAAAAGGGGGAUGCUCGGAGGACGUGUGCCGCGAGUCCACGUGCACACACACUCCCCCGAGCAUCCCAUAGGCGUACGUGCACACACACACACACACGGGAUGCUCUCCUUGCUACACCUGCACGUAAGCAUAGAGGCCGAGUUUGGAUAAUCACUGUGUGUGUGUGUGUGUGUGUGUGUGUGUGUGUGUGUGUGUGUGUGUGUGUGUGUGUGUGUGUGUGUGUGUGUGUGUGUGUGUGUGUGUGUGUGUGUGUGUGUGUGUGAGUGUGAGUGUGUGUGUGUGUGUGUGUGUGUGUGUGUGACGUCACCAGUGCGGAGCCGCAGCUGGCACCGAUUCAACAGUUCAGAAAACUGAGAGAUUGUCUUUUAUGAUCAAAGUUGAGUGAUCAGCUUUAAUUAUGUAAAUGUUUUGUUUUCUCUUUUGUCCAAUGUGGCGUGUGGUCAAGCACCUUCUUUUGUUUUUGGUUCAGCAGUUUGAUGUGUGUGUGUGUGUGUGUUUGUUUACCGUGUCUGUGUGGCUGUUCUCUCUGGAUAGUGCCUUUCUCUCUGGUGUCUCGGUGUCUCCGACCUGCUACUUUGAGCCCCCCCUCCUCCUCCUCUUCCUACUGUAGUGAGAAACCGUGUAUAUAAUCCAACCCGUCCCAUCCGACGAUGCCCCCCCCCUCUCCUCUUCUACAUAAACCCGUCGUCACCUUUUAUCCUCACCGACAUGGAACCCUUCUUAUUUAAGUGUCUCUCGCCUUGUCUUACCUAAUGAUAGUUUUUUGUUUAGUUUUUUGCUCUUUUUUUUUUUAAUUUGCAUUUGUUUUUUUGUUUUUUUCAAUUAAUAAAAUGCAAUUAUUAAAAAAAUGUGAAUUAUG